UGCAGUCGCAGGACGCAGAGAGGACGGCUUUUUCAGAUUUCAGCUUGUGGAACUGACUUAUUCACAGACAGACAGACACACAGACACACAGACAGACAGACAGACAGACAGACAGAAAGACACAGACAGACAGACAGACAGAAAAGUAAAAAGACGGACAGAGACUCUCAGCCAGAUGUUCCAGUUUGUUUCAGAUUCACUGGAAGAGGAGUAAGCAGUGAGCCACGCGUGCAGAGGAAAGGAGUGGAAAAGACAGACGGACAGACAGACAGACAGACAGAUAGACAGACAGACAGACAGACAGACAGACAGACAGACAGACAGAUAGAUAGUAGGAGCGGAGGAGAUCUCCAGAUGGACAGAGACGGAAGACAGCGAUGCUCCUGAGAAACUUCCCGGUGGACUGCUCCCGUCUGCGAUGUGCCUGGACGCCGACAGGGAAGUAAGACUUGUUUCUCGUCCCCCAGCAGUAUCGUCCACCCUCCCGGGUGUCUUUUAGAGCCGUCCUCGAGUCUCCCUCACAAACUCUGUAGCGCGGACCGCCGGGCACGCCCGCGAUGUCUUCCGGAAGGUCCUCCGUCAUGUCUCUGUCGUGGACUUCUUGUUUCUUGGUCUUGUGCUCGCUGGAGGCGUGGACGGCGGCCUGGCCGGCGCUCCAGCCGUCCCAGCCCCAGACCGCUCCAGCCGGGCCGGGUCAGGGCCCCGCCGGCCCUCGCCUCCCUGUCUUCGGCACCAACCUGUCGGAGAGCGCCGAGAGCAAAGUGGAGCGGCUGGGCCAGGCGUUCAAGAGGAACGUGCGGGAGCUCCGCGAGAAGAGCGCCCGCCUGGACCUGGUCUUCCUGGUGGACGAGUCGUCCAGCGUGGGCGCCAGCAACUUCCUGAGCGAGCUGAGGUUCGUGCGCAAGAUGCUGUCCGACUUCCCCGUGGCGCCGGAGGACACGCGCGUGGCGCUGGUCACCUUCUCGUCCAAGACCCACGUGGUGACGCGGGUGGACCACAUCUCGGCGCCGAAGUCCCAUCAGCACAAGUGCUCGCUGUUUAACCAGGAGAUCCCGGCCAUCACCUACCGGGGCGGCGGCACCUACACCCGGGGAGCCUUCCAGAGGGCAGCACAAAUCCUGCGCCAGUCGCGCGCCAACGCAACCAAGGUGAUCUUCCUGAUAACCGACGGCUACUCCAACGGCGGAGACCCUCGGCCGGUGGCGGCGGCCCUGAGGGAGCGGGGGGUGGAGAUCUUCACCCUGGGCAUCUGGCAAGGCAACAUCAGGGAGCUCCACGACAUGGCCUCCCACCCCAAGGACCAGCACUGUUACCUCGUGCACAACUUCGCCGAGUUCGAGGCCCUGGCUCGCCGCGCGCUCCACGAAGACCUCCCGACGGGCAGCUACAUCCAGGAGGACCUGUCUCGCUGCUCCUCCCUGUGCGAGGCGGGCCGGGACUGCUGUGACCUGAUGGCCAGCUGUAAGUGCGGGACACACACCGGCCAGUAUGACUGCAUCUGUGAGAAGGGACACUACGGCAAGGGACUGCAGCACGAGUGCACAGCGUGUCCACCUGGGACGUACAAACCGGAGGGGACUCCCGGAGGCCUGAGCACCUGCCUGGCAUGUCCCGACCCCCAGCACACCUCGCAACCCGGCAGCACCUCCAUCCACGACUGCUUCUGCAAGCCGGGCUACAAGGCGGUGGGCUGGACUUGCCAGGCGGUUUACUGCCCGGCGUUGUCUCCGCCGCAAAAUGGCUUCUUCAUCCACAACGUGUGCAACAGCCAAUACGAAGCAGCCUGUGGUGUCAAAUGUCAGCCCGGCUUCGACCUCCAAGGGACGGGGAUCAGAGUCUGCCAGGCCGACGGUACCUGGUCCGGGACGCCCCCCAGCUGCAGAGUGCGCUCCUGUCCGGCUCUGUCACGGCCCCAGCACGGCUACCUGAGGUGCAGCGACGGCGGCGCCUCCUACAGGGCGCAGUGUGAGGCGGGCUGCAUGCGCGGCUACCGGCUGGAGGGAGACUCCAGGCUCACCUGCCAGGCCAACUCCCAGUGGAGUGGAGCCCUACCUCGGUGUGUGGAGGUGCGCUGCCCUCCCAUAGCCCCCCUUAAAAACGUGCUGCUGUCGCCCCCUGCCUGCGGGAAAAGGGAGCUGUCGCUGGGCGCCGUGUGCACGUUCGCCUGUCGCCAAGGUCACAGUCUGCAGGGAGACAGGAGGGCGGCGUGUCUGGCCUCCGGCAACUGGAGCGCCAGUACCCAGGAGGCCACCUGCAAAGACUCGGAGCCGCCGUGGAUCCAGUGUCCCCCCGAUGUCAUGGCAGAGACGGACGAACGACGCAGCACCGCCAGCGUCGGCUGGAACGCCCCCACCGCCACAGACAACUCUAGAGAGGAGGUGGUGGUGCAGAUGAAGCCGAUGUACAGCCCACCUCAACUGUUUCCCAUUGGGACGGAGACCAUUACCUACAUAGCUACUGACCGCAGCGGAAACCAGGCAAACUGCUCCUUCACUGUAACUGUCAUAGAUACGGAGCCCCCCGUGAUUGACAGGUGCCGGUCGCCGCCCAUGUUCCAGGCCACGGACACGGAGACGGCAGUCGUUUGGGAGGUGCCUCAGUUUUCCGACAACUCAGGUGGGCGUUUGGCGGUGAACGGCAGCCACAGCCCCGGCUCUCUGUUCCCGGUGGGGGAGACUCUGGUCCGGUACACUGCCACUGACGCCGCAGGAAACAACCGCACCUGCGACCUCACCGUCACCGUCCAAGGGACGACCUGCGACCGGCCGUAUGUCCCGGUGAACGGGGAAUUCAUCUGCUCGGAGGAAGAGGAGGGCAUUAACUGUACUCUGAAAUGUAAGGAAGGCUACAGCCUGGCCCAUCAAGCGGUCCACAGCUAUUUCUGCGCCUACAACGGCAUAUGGGAGCCUCCCCACUCUUCAGACAGACCAGACUGUUCAUUGAACCGUAUUGCCAACAACGGGUUUAAGCCCUUUGAGAUGCUGUUCAAAGCUUCACGUUGUGAUGAUGUGGAUCUGAUCAAGUCUUUUGCCGGAGAGUUCAGCACCAAGCUGGGAGGAAUGCUCCCGAGCCUUUGCAGUGGUGACGACAUAGCCUGCAAGCUGGAGGUGAUGUCACAGGGCCACUGUCUGGAGUACAACUAUGACUAUGAGAACGGCUUUGCUAUAGGACCAGGGGGUUGGGGCAGCAACUGGGGUCCACAGAACGGCCAGGACUACACCUAUUUUGACUCAGGCUACACUGCGGGCAGCCGGCGAUCCUCCAGGCAGCAGGACGGACGCCUCCAAACCAAUCACCGCACUAAAAGACACCGCAAGAUCCGGGGCCCAACCAGAGACCAGAAGAUCCAGAUUUUCUUCAACAUCACGGCAAGCAUCCCUCUGCCGCUGUCGAGGAACGACUCAGUCGAGGCUGCAAACCAAAGGAGGCUCCUGCGGACCCUGGAGCAGUUAACCAAUCGACUGAAGAGGACACUGGCCAAGCAGCCGCUGUCCAGUUUCCACGUGUCCUCAGAGAUGAUUUUGACCGACCCCAAGUCGCUGGAGGGCAAGAGAGCGUCCCUGUUCUGUCGGCCGGGCUCUGUGCUCAAAGGCCGGAUGUGUGUCCAAUGCCCAGUGGGGACCUACUUCUCUCUGGAGUACAACGAGUGCGAGAGCUGCUGGUUGGGCUCCUACCAGGACCACGAAGGCCAGCUGGAGUGUAAAGCCUGUCCUGAAGGCACCUCCACCGCCUACCUGCACUCCCGCAACAUGGCUGAGUGUAAAGGGCAGUGCAGGCCUGGCAGUCAAUCACUGAACGGGCUGGAGACCUGCGAGUCGUGUCCCCUGGGUCACUUCCAGCCUGCGUUUGGUGCCAGAGAGUGUUUGGUCUGUCCUGGCGACACCUCCACCGUCACCAGAGGAGCCGAGGCCGAGUCCGAGUGUGGAGUUCCCUGUUCAGCAGGGCAUUUCUCUCGUACCGGUCUGGUUCCUUGUUAUCCGUGUCCCAGAGAUUAUUACCAGCCGGAGCACGGACGCUCCUAUUGCCUCUCCUGCCCCUUCUAUGGAACCACCACCAUCACCGGGGCCACCGCCAUCCAGCACUGCUCCAGUUUUGGCUCAAGUUUUUUGCCAAAGGAGGAAAGCGUAACUUCAGCACCGGAGGUGGAGGUCAUAGAGGACUAUCAAGCCAGCAGCCAGGUGUUCCACGAGUGCUUCCUGAAUCCAUGUCAGAACAAAGGGACGUGUGAGGAGGUGGGGGCUGGAUAUGUCUGCACCUGUAUGCCAGGCUUUACAGGUGCGAAGUGUGAGAGUGAUGUGGACGAGUGUGAUUCUGCUCCUUGUCAGAAUGGCGGCCUGUGUAAAGACGGCAUGGGAGACUUCCAGUGUCAGUGCCAGCCUGGAUUUGUUGGCUCUCAGUGUGAGAUGGAGGUGAACGAGUGUGUGUCCUCCCCCUGUCUGAACGAGGGAGUGUGCGUGGACGAAGUCAACAGGUUCACAUGCAGCUGCGGCGACGGCUUCACAGGUUCCCGUUGUGAGCUGGAGAUAAACGAGUGUCUGUCCAGUCCGUGUCUUAACGACGGCAUGUGUGAGGACCUGACCGGCGGUUAUUCCUGCACCUGCGCCAUCGGCUUCUCGGGGGAGCGCUGUGAGGUCGACGUCGACGAGUGUUACAGCAACCCCUGUCUGAACGGAGGCUCCUGUCUGGACGGCAUCAAUAAUUACAGGUGUCAGUGUGUCGAGGGCUACCAGGGCCGGCUGUGCGAGAUGGACGUGGACGAGUGUGACCCCAACCCCUGCGUGAACGGAGCCAGCUGCAUGGAUGGCCUGGGGACCUACACUUGCCACUGCCUCCCUGGGUUCAACGGAACCAGGUGUGAGACAGAGAUGUCCUCCGCCUUCAAUCUGGACUUCGAGGCGUCGGGUAUCCACGCGUACGUGCUGAUGGACGGGGUGAUGCCGGCGCUCACAGAGAUCACCUGCACCUUCUGGAUGAGGUCAUCGGACACCACCAACUACGGCACGCCGAUCUCCUACGCCGUGGAGGGAAGCGACAACGCUUUCCUGCUCAUCGACUACAACGGUUGGGUGCUGUAUGUCAACGGUAAGGAGCGGAUCACCGACUGCCUGGCGGUGAACACGGGUCACUGGUACCACAUCGGGGUGUCCUGGCGGAGCUGGGACGGCGACUGGAGGAUCUACAUCAACGGGAAGCCGUCGGACGGGGGCAAAGGCCUGUCGGUCGGCACCACCAUCCCAGCUGGUGGCGCGCUGGUGUUGGGGCAGGAUCAGGACCAGAGGGGUGAGGGGUUUAACCCGGUGGAGUCCUUUGUAGGCUCCAUCAGCCAACUCAACAUCUGGGACCGGGUUCUCACCCCGCAGCAGAUUAAGGUCCUCGCCAGCAGCUGCCCGGCCUCCCAUGUGACCCACAGAGGGAACGUCCUCGCCUGGCCGGACUUCCUCAGCGGCGUGGUCGGCCGGGUCAAGACCAACCUCAACAGCAUCUUCUGUGCAGACUGUCCGCAGCUGGAGAGUGCGGUGAAUCACCUCCGUGCCUCCACGGUGGAGGUGAGUCCUGGAGCACAGGUCCACCUGUCCUGCGAUCCCGGUUUCUACCUGGUGGGGGAGCCAGUGCUGCAGUGCCAAAAUAAAGGCGAAUGGAGCCACCCGCUGCCUCGGUGUGAAAGGGUGUCAUGCGGGACUCCUCGGCCGCUGGACAACGGCUUGUUUCUGGGGACGGACUUCCAUUCCGGCAGCUCUGUGGUCUACCAGUGCAACGCCGGCUUCUACCUGCUGGGAGACGCCAAGGUGCACUGUGCCAACAGUGGCAAGUGGGGUGGAAACCCGCCAGCCUGCCUGGAUGUGGAUGAGUGUGCACUGGGUUCUGACUGUGACGAGCACGCCAACUGUCAAAACACUGAUGGUUCCUACACAUGUACCUGCGUCCAUCCCUACAGUGGAGACGGCAAGAACUGCACAGAGCCGGUGAAGUGUGUGAACCCCGGGUUUCCGGAGUUCGGUCACAGGGAGGGCGGUAACUUCCUGAUGGGUGGCGAGGUGGUCUUCGUCUGCGACGACGGCUACGAGAUGAUCGGCCUGACUCGGCUGCGGUGCCUCGAGACAGGGAGCUGGGACAGCCCCAUCCCUUACUGCAGAGCCCUCUCCUGCCCGAGGCCGUCUGUUCCGGAGAACUCCAUCAUGAAGGGAACCAACUUCACGUAUGGAAGCAAGGUGACUUUCAGCUGUAUGAUGGGCUACUUACCUCACGUCCCCUAUGAGUUCCAGUGUCUGGCUAGCCUGAGGUGGAGCGGGACGCCACCGGUCUGUCAUCCUGUGACUUGCGGGGAUCCUCCCAUUGUACAGAACGCCGACUACGCCCUCAAAACCAACACAUACCAGUCCAUUGUCACCUACACCUGUUCUGAAGGAUACAGGCCACAGGGCUCCAUGGAAGUGGUGUGUGAAGCCACAGGGGGCUGGAGCCGGCCGGCCCCCCGCUGCAGCAGCAUCCUCUGCAAUGACCCGCCGGCCCUGAGAGACGCUGUGACCGUAGGAGAUGACCAUGCGCUGGGAAACAAGGUGCACUAUGUCUGCAAAGAAGGCUAUACUUUGAUAGGUCCAGAGACCAGAGAAUGUUUGGCGAGUGGCCAGUGGAGUGACAGCUCCGCCCAGUGUGUCCCUCGCUCCUGUGGCCCCCCGCCUGCCAUUGCCCACGCUGAGCCCUACGAGGGCCACCAGCUGUAUGGAGACACUGCCAAUUACUACUGCACUGAUGGCUACAUCGCUGGCAACAACUCCAAGAUGGUGUGUAACGCCCAGGGCUUGUGGGCGCCUCCCGAUGGCCUAGAGGUCCCUGGUUGCAUCGCCAACUUCUGCCAACCCCCACCCGAACUGCCCCAUGCUAUUUUAGACUCUGUCAACAAACCCAAAUAUGCCAGCAACACUGAAGUGAGCUAUAAAUGUGAGGAAGGCUUCAUGCUCAACACGACGGCGACGUUGAGGUGCAUGAUAGGAGGCAAUUGGGAACCGUCGCCCUAUGACAUAAGCUGUGUGCCGGUGAGGUGCUCCAAGCCCACGGGCAUCGACCGGGGGUAUGUGUCUGGGACCAACUACAGUUUUGGAGCUGUCGUGGCGUACAGCUGUGAUAAAGGCUUCCUCAUUAGAGGGGAGAAGAGGAGGACAUGUAAGGCCAAUGGGGAAUGGGGGGGGAUUCUACCCACCUGUAUACCUGUGUCCUGCUCCAGCCCUCCGCAGCUCUGGAACGGACACGUUCAGAGCAAGAGCCGAUUCAUCUUCAACAGUAGGGUAUUGUACGCCUGUAACGCCGGCUACAGACUGGUGGGUCGGCCAGAGCGAGUCUGCCAGGCCAACCGUCAAUGGUCAAACAACGACCCUCCCUCCUGUGUCCUCCUGACCUGUGACCCUCCUCCUGACAUUGUCCAUGGACGCUACAGGGGUUCCACGUUUGAGGUGGGACGAAAAGUGGAGUACAUAUGUGACGAGGGCUAUGAGCUAGCUGGGGAUGCUGUCUGGACCUGCCUGAAGUACGGCAAGUGGGAUAAGACUCGGCGUCCUCGCUGCUCACCGGUCCAGUGCCCGGAACCACCGCUGGAGGAGAACCAUCUUGUUCUGAAGGGCUUGGAUUCAGAAUCGGGAACUGUGGAGCUCUCCUGUGAAGAUGGAUAUGUCCUACAGGGGGCCCGGGUCCUCCGUUGCACCCUGUCUCAGGAGUGGAAUGACACUUUCCCUGUGUGUAAACAGGUAUUUUGUGACCCGCCCCCUGAGGUGGCACUUGGGAGUCCCUCCAAAUCCUCAAUGACAGCGCCAUUCUAUUUUGGCAGGGUGGUGAACUACUCAUGCAUGAAUGGGCUCACUUUAAGGAAAGAGGCAUCCGUCACCUGUCUAGCUAACGGACAGUGGAGCAGCCCUUACCCAGAAUGCAUCCCGGUGGAAUGUCCACAGCCUGUGGAGGUUUCUAAUGGCAUAGUUGACGUCCAGGGUCUGACGUAUCUUAGCACGGCGCUCUACAGCUGUAAGUCAGGCUACGCCCUCGUCGGGAACGCCACUGUUCUGUGUGGAGAGAGUGGGCUCUGGGUUGGAGAGGUACCGUCCUGUCGCCCAAUUGAAUGCUCGGUCCCUAAACAGAUAGCCAGUGGAAAAGUAACUUACACCAAACUCCAGUUCAGUCAUGGCGCCGUUUAUUCCUGUCGUCGUGGUUACCGUCUCCAAGGCCCAGAGACUCUGAAAUGCCUGGCUAAUGGGGAGUGGGACCAGGAGCCACCUACUUGUGUUCAGAUAUCCUGCACCCCACCGAAACCCAUUGACAAUGGUUUUGUCGAGGGCUCAGACCACAGUUUUGGUGUCACUAUAUUCUAUAGCUGUUUCCCUGGCUUCCAACUGGUGGGUCAGAACCAUUUGACUUGUGAAGAGUUUGGCUGGUCCAGUUCUGUUCCAGUCUGUGUUCCCUCAGACUGUGGCCUGCCUCCUCAUAUAGACUUUGGAGAGUAUGUGAAGGUGCCCGACCGUGGCACCGGUAGGUCAGGUAGAGGCUCCGGUACUACAACUAAAGAAUCAGGGGACGCUAUAUCAGCCUCAACCAUGGACUUGAGCUUCCUUCAAGGGACGUUGAUAGAGUACCGGUGUCAUAAAGGUUAUGACCUCACAACCCCCACCAGACUCGUGUGUCAGGAAGAUGGGGGCUGGAACGGAACAGCGCCUUCGUGUGUUCCGGCAGAGUGUGAAACACCUCCCACUCCAGAGCAUGGCUGGGUCAACGUGACUGACACCUCCUUUGGCAGUCAGGUGCGGUAUGGAUGUGAGCAGGGGUAUAAACUCAAUGGAGAGUCAGUAAGGCAAUGUGUGUCCGGUCGACUGUGGACUGAUGAUGCUCCAAUUUGUCAGCCGGUCUCCUGUGGCAACCUGGGGGCUUUGUCUAAUGGCAUGGUUCACGGGAGUUCAUUUGUUUUCCCCGGGGUUCUGCGCUUUGAGUGUAACGCUGGUUAUGUCCUGGUGGGUGGCAGCACCAUCACUUGCCAAGGAGAUGGGAUGUGGGAUGGGGAAAUGCCGUUGUGUGAGCCGGUGUACUGCGGACCUCCAAAUACCCCUGAUGAUAUUAUUGUUAAAGGGGAGGACUACACUUUUGGUAAUCAAAUACACCUGAGCUGCCAGUCUGGCUUCAUCUUAAAGGGGAUAUCUAUUAGUAAAUGUCAGGCUGAUGGCACUUGGAGCCACAGGUCCCCUACCUGCGUACCUGCCCACUGUGGUAAACCCUCGCCGAUUACAAAUGGCCGUGUGUUGGGCUCAGACUUUGGCGUCAACGGCGAGGUGAGCUAUGAAUGUGAUGAAGGGUACACACUUAACGGGGAUCCCGGGGGUGUGUGUCAAGCCGACGGACUUUGGGACAAGCCUGUGCCACACUGUGACAUCAUCAGCUGCGACCCGCCUGAGGAUAUCAGUCACGGUUUUCUGAACGGCUCUAGCUUCAACUAUGAGGACGUGGUGGAGUACGUUUGUUUCGAUGGAUACGAGGUGGUUGGAGACCCCGUCCUCCGGUGCUCUGCCCAAGGAGUAUGGGAGGGCAGUGUGCCCCGGUGUCAACCCUGUGUCUGCGCUAUGCCCACGGUGAAAUACGGGGUUGUCCUGGGCAGCAAUCAUGCCUGCGGAGACCAGGUGCACUUCCGAUGUGAUGGAGGCUACAAGCUCCUGGGUCCCUCUCAGGCGGUGUGUGAGAAGGGUGGUGUGUGGAGCCCCGGGUUGCCUGUGUGUGGCCGGGGGAGAUGCUCUGCCACCCCACCUGCAGUUCCCAAUGCUGUCAUGCAGGGUGGCAGUUCCACUGUCUUAGACACAGUCACGUACAGGUGCCGACCGGGGUUCCAGUCAAAGGGUUUCCCGAACCUCUCCUGUGGAAGAGACGGCAGGUGGGGCGAACCCAGAAUCCGCUGUGAGCCGGUGAACUGUGGAGAGCCUCCAUCUGUCCCCCAAGCUGAGGUUGUGGGAGAGACUUUCACCUUCCCCAAGCAAAUCACAUACAGGUGUGAGGACGGGUAUGAACUGGCCACGAAAAUGGCCUCCUUGUUCUGUCUGAGUGACGGCAGCUGGUCUAAACACAGCGUACGAUGCCGUCCCACCGCAUGCCCACUGCCCACCGGCCCUGCUACCACCCACUUGAUGGUGACUGGGGAGGACCUCACCCCCGUAGGGGGCACCGUCACUCUCUCCUGCAGUCCUGGUUUUUAUCUGCUGGGUUCGACGCUAGCAGAGUGCCAGCUGGGUGGAAGCUGGUCUCCCAGCCUCUCCUCUGUUUCCUGUGAGCCGGUGGUUUGUGAGAAACCUCGUCCUCUCCUCCACGGUGUCGUAGAGGGAGACAGCUAUAAUUAUGGCGAUAUGGUCAUGUAUUCCUGUCUACCUGGCUUUGACCUGAAGGGAGACUCUGUCCAAACCUGCCGGGGGGAUCGCACAUGGAGCGGGACGCAACCCGAGUGUGUCGUGCCAUCCUGCGGGCCUCCUCCCUCUGUUAAGGAUGCAACGGUUGACACUACAGGUGACAUCUACCUGAACAACGCCAGCUACAUGUGUAACCCGGGUCUGCGGUUGGUCGGUCCGAAGAUCCUCACCUGUCUGGCCAAUGGCACGUGGAGCCUGCCUGCACCCACAUGUGAAGUGCUAGGUUGUCACAUCCCCAGAGAGGUGUUGAAUGGGAAGGUGCAGGAACACAACCUGAACACAGGGAGAGCUGUGGAGUUCCAGUGUGAUAAAGGCUUCACCCUGCGGGGAGAUCCCCUGGUGGUGUGUAUAGGGGGCAGCACCUGGAGCUCUCCAUUCCCCACCUGCCAACCCAAGCCUUGCCCAGCUCCACUAGGCUGGAGGGAGGCCAGCUGGAGGAACAGCUCUCAUCGAGGCUUCUACGUCGGUCAGUCUGUCCCAGUCACCUGCCCCAAGGGUCAACAGGUCAAAGGUGACGGUACCAUCACCUGUCGGCCAGACCAGACAUGGAGCCCCAUCAGCUCCGUUUGUGAGAGGGUGUCCUGUGGCCCUCCUCUCCACGUGGCCCACGGGGUGGUGCGGGGGGCGGUGUUCCAGUUCGGGGACGUUGCCGUGUACUCGUGUUUUGGCGGCUAUGCCAUGGAAGGCACCGGAAGGAGCCGGUGUCUGGAGAACGGCACCUGGACGCCCCCUCCCAUGUGCAGAGCGGUGUGUUGGCUACAUUGUCAGAACGGCGGCAUGUGCCAGCGGCCCAACACGUGUUCCUGUCCUGAGGGCUGGAUGGGCCGUCUGUGUGAGGAGCCAAUCUGCAUCCUGCCGUGUCUGAACGGAGGCCGCUGUGUGGCGCCCUACCAAUGCGAGUGUCCCACCGGGUGGACGGGCACUCGCUGUCACAGCGCGGUGUGUUCAUCACCAUGUCUGAAUGGAGGAAGAUGCAUCAGGCCGAACAGGUGUCAUUGCAGCCCAGGCUGGAGUGGGUACGACUGUUCAAGGAAGAGGAAAUCGGGAUACUAUCAUUUCUAAAGGUGUCACUCCGCUCCACGUGAAUCAUCUGAUGAAGGGAUUUUCUUUGUAUAAUUAUUGUCACAAUUGUAAACCAUUCAUUCUCGUCUCUUGGGGAAGCAAAGCAAGAACCAUUUUGUAAGAUAAAGCUGUAUUUUUUCAUAUAGAAAGUCAACAGUAUUAAACAUAUGCUGCUAUAUACUUGUACGAUGUGUAAAAACGAUUGAUGUGAUUGUCCAAUGUAUAUGUGUAAACUAUUCUCACAUUUUUAUUAAAGCAUAAAAUACAAUUUAAGAAAAAGAUGUUCCUGACGUUUAUCUUGCGCUUCACUUAUCUCACCGUGCUUUAUAAAGGCAUCAAGUCUCUUUCGUGGGCGGUAAACAUUUUAAUCCAGUUUAUCAGGGUAGUUGACACCUUUUAUGUAAAUUUCAAGUGCACGUCUGAUUUUACGGUGCCUUCUCCUUACAUGCAUUUUUCUACGUCAUUGCCAUUAUCAUUCAGAUGUACUUCAACAUCACAUGCCGUCUGUGCAGGGACAAGUUUGUUAUUGGUGCACCCGGUAUGCAGAGUUUGGCUCGGCCCACUUUGCGUUCAUAUUAGAAGUAUUGACUUCCUUUCUCCCAGACAACCAAAAUAACAUUUGGUAAAUCCUUACUGUUGCUGAUGAACUGGAAGCCACAUGCCAGCCAUCCCAACAUUAAAAACAGCACCAAGUCUUUGUUACCCAUCUCCAUCUCAUUUAUUAAACCACCUAGUCUGAAACAAUAUACAGGAAAAAAAAAACUUUGUGAGAUAUAUAAAACAUUAAAAUGCUUAUUUUGUCGAGUUUCUGAGCAUAUCCUAGCUAAGUGCCGACAUGGGACA